GUACCACCAUAAGCCGUAGUCCCUUGCUUUCCAGUGGGUUUCAGAGCUAAAAAGCUUGCUGUAUAAGCAAACUUUUGUCUCCAUUUUUUCUUCAAAUCUCGUACUCGUUUUCCCUCUCUGUUGAUCUUCUCUCUCUUUCUGUUCAUCGCAAUCUGCGUGAUUUACCGAGCGGCAUUGCCUUUUUUGUCGAGUUUUUUUGUUGUUCUUCGUGCAGUGAGCUCUGAGGGUUCGAUUCUAAUGUGAGUUCCUGGUAAUUUCUGAACUCUGGAUUUGAGAUUUGAUUUCGCGGUUGUGAGAUUAGGAGGUUGAAAGGGAGGUAGAAUGUUUACCGACGGACUUGAUAAAAGUGCCCUUCGAUGGGUUCGCGAGAAGGAAGUACCGUUUGGUUCUUCGAAUAUGAGGUCUCGAGCCGAUCCAAUCACUGGCAUCAGAGCGGGUACCGGAGCAAGGGGGUUUGGAUUGCCACCGCCGUCGAAAUUCAGAAGUGGACAUUUGCCGGGGAGUGCGAUUCCAGUAUCGAGAACCAUAUCAGGCGAUGUGGACAAUAGUGCAUCAGCUUCAGAGAAUGAUAUGAGUACUGAUUCUGAGGAGGAUGUUUAUGGAACUAGAUAUUCUAUGGACUCAUCACCGCAACGGAACGGAGUACCAAAUCGUUCUGGUUAUAGAUAUGGAAAUCAUUUGCCGGGGAGGUUAAAUAAUGGGAGUGAUUACUUUUUCUCUGAUGUUAGUUCGUCGAGGGAAACGUUGGUGGGGGGUCAUAGGCCAAUGGCUGAAAGGAUGAGGGCUACAAAUGGGAGAUUCCCAACUGGGCAGAAUGUUUAUACAGAAGACGAUUCUUCUGAUUCUGCUGCGAGUUCUGAAUUUUCUACUACACAAGUAGGGGGAAGUAUUAAUGGAGCUAUACCCAGGAAUAGAGCUUCAAUGGCUUCAGAGGGAUACUCAUCAAGCCAGCCUUCUCGUAUGAAUGCGGGCAAUGCGCCUAGAAAGCAAAAUGGAAGGUUUUCGGAUGACGAUGAUCAAGAUGACGUUCCCAGUGCGCCUCCUUUUUGUGCUUCAUCGCAUGAAAUUAAACAAUGCCCUGAAAAACGCCAAGACGUGAAGCUUGACGGCACACAUGAUCGUAAAACUCCGUCUGGGGUUGAAUUGCAGAAUGGGAAGAAGAGCGACGACCAGUUUGUGAGACCUGUGAAUUCGGAAGCUGCUGGUAGUUCAGGAUUAGCUCGCCUCCCCACAUAUAAUGCCAGUGCUUUAGGGCCGUGGUAUGCUGUCAUAGCAUAUGAUGCCUGUGUGCGUUUAUGUCUUCAUGCUUGGGCAAUGGAGAAUAUGGAAGCCCCGACGUUUUUGGAAAACGAAUGUGCAGUACUACGAGAUGCAUUUGGUUUACGCCAAGUACUCUUACAGUCGGAGGAUGAAUUGUUGGUGAAGCGUACUUCUGAACUCGCCAAUGAGGGAGCUCCCACUAAACCAAAGAAAACAAUAGGCAAAAUAAAGGUGCAAGUGAGGAAAGUGAAGAUGGGGCUGGAUCCACCAACAGGCUGUAAUAUUUUAUCUUUAAAAUCACCUGUAGUGAACCUAGAAACCAUCAAGUACCAAUUUUCUAGCUUUCAAUCAGCAGUAGUUUCUGGAUGGCAUGCUUUGAAUAAAAUUCGCGUUGCACCACGGAUACCUGUAAACAGUUCUUUAUCUAGACAAAGCAUGGCAUAUGUGCAUGCAAGCACCCAGUACAUCAAGCAGGUAUCCAAAGUUCUUAAAGCUGGUGUAACAACCCUGCGCAGCAGUUCAACUUCCUAUGAGGUGGUACAAGAAACAUACCCAUGUUUGCUAAGACUGAAAAGUUUAGCUGAGGAAGAUGCCGUCAAAAUGCAAGCUGGAUCAGGAGAAACUCAUGUCUUCUUUCCAGAUGGUCUUGGUGAUGAUCUAAUAAUUGAAGUUCAGGAUUCCAAUGCAAAGCAUAUUGGUCGAGCAGUCCUGCAAAUAGCUGCCAUUACUGACAACCCAGCAGAAAAAUUACGUUGGUGGUCUAUUUAUCGAGAGCCUGAACAUGAGCUCGUGGGAAAAAUUCAACUAUAUGUAAAUUACUCGGCAAGUACUGAUGAUAGUCAACCGAAGUGCGGUUUGGUGGCAGAAACAGUAGCAUACGACCUAGUUCUUGAGGUUGCCAUGAAGGUUCAGCAUUUUCAACAGAGAAACCUUUUGUUGCAUGGUUCCUGGAAAUGGCUUUUGACAGAGUUUGCAUCAUACUAUGGCAUUUCAGAAGUAUAUACCAGAUUAAGAUAUCUUUCAUAUAUCAUGGAUGUUGCCACGCCAACAGCUGACUGCCUCACCUUGGUGCACGACUUGCUCAUGCCUGUUGUUAUGAAGGGCCAUGACAAAAGCACGUUGAGUCAUCAAGAGAACCGAAUUUUAGGAGAGACCAGGGUUCAAAUUGAGCAGACACUUGCUCUUGUUUUUGAGAAUUAUAAAUCACUUGAUGAAGCAGCUCUCUCAGGUCUUAUGGAGGUGUACAGACCUGCAACUGGUGUUGCAGCGCCUGCUAUCGAACCUGCAGUUAAAUUGUACACACUUCUUCAUGAUAUUCUUUCUCCAGAGGCUCAGACUUCUUUGUGCCAUUAUUUCCAGGUUGCUGUGAAAAAGAGAUCAAGGAGGCACUUGAGUGAGACAGAUGAAUAUAUGGGUAACAAUAACGAAGGCAGUUUGGUCGAUAAUGUCACUAUGUCCACUGCUUACCAAAAGAUGAAAUCAGUGUGUCUUAACAUUAGGGAGGAGAUAUUGACUGACAUUGAGAUCCAUAAUCAACAUAUACUUCCCAGUUUUGUAGACCUACCAAAUCUCUCUGCUUCCAUAUACAGCACAGAGCUUUGCACUAGACUGCGUUCUUUCCUUAUUGCUUGCCCACCAACAGGCCCCUCACCUGCAGUAGCAGAACUUGUUAUUGCUACAGCUGAUUUUCAGAGGGAUCUUGCCAGAUGGAACAUUAGUCCUGUGAAAGGGGGUGUUGAUGCAAAAGAAUUAUUCCAUUUGUACAUUCUGGUGUGGAUCCAGGAUAAGCGUCUAUUGUUGCUUGAAACCUGCAGAUUGGAUAAGGUUAAGUGGUCGGGAGUUAGGACUCAACAUUCGACAACACCUUUUGUCGAUGAAAUGUAUGACCGAUUAAAGGAAACAUUGAGUGACUUUGAGAUUUUCAUUUGUCGAUGGCCCGAGUACACCUUUGUUUUGGAACAAGCUAUUGCAGAUGUUGAAAAAGCAUUAGUGGAGGCAUUGGAUAAGCAGUAUGCUGAUGUCUUGGCUCCUCUUAAAGAGAAUUUAGCACCCAAAAAAUUCGGACUUAAGUAUGUUCAGAAACUUGCCAAACGAACCCCAAGCUCUUAUACUGUUCCUGAUGAGCUGGGGAUUCUAUUAAAUUCCAUGAAGAGGAUGCUCGACGUUUUACGCCCAAAGAUAGAAGCCCAAUUUAAGCAGUGGGGUUCCUGCAUUCCUGAAGGUGGAAAUGUAAUUCCUGGAGAACGUCUUAGUGAAGUGACAGUCAUGCUUAGAGCCAAGUUCAGAAACUAUUUGCAAGCAAUUGUGGAAAAGUUUGUUGAGAAUACGAAGUUACAAAAUGCUACAAAGCUAAAAAAGAUUCUACAAGACUCCAAGGAAGCUGUGAUUGAAUCAGAAAUACGAAGUAGGAUGCAACCAUUGAAAGAUCAGUUGGCAAACACAAUAAAUCAGAUUCAUACUGUCUUUGAGAGUCGUGUCUUUAUCGCUAUCUGUCGGGGUUAUUGGGAUCGAAUGGGACGGGAUGUUCUAAGCUUCAUGGAGAACAGGAAAGAGAACAGGUCAUGGUAUAGAGGCUCACGAAUUGCAGUUUCGGUACUCGACGACACAUUUGCCUCACAAAUGCAACAAUUGCUCGGGAAUUCGCUACAAGAGAAAGACCUCGAGCCACCAACCUCUAUCACAGAAGUGCGAUCGAUGCUCUGCAAGGAUUAAGGGCAAGGCAACCGUAUCAUCGUACCAUAGAAGAAAUAUAUUGGAGAUAUAUUUUCAAGAAGCAAGAAGAGCCAAGGGCGGCUAACCUAUAAUCUUGUUAGCAUGAAGGUUUUAGAAGUCAAUUUUGAUAAAAGAAAAGAAUUAGAAUCCUGAUUCCAUUUUGUAAAGGGAGUUAGCGACUCAGCUGCUCCAAAAUUUUCUUUUGGUGUCUCUUAAAUGAUGUACUAACUAUAGAGAUGCAGAUGUAUAUGUACAACAAUUACAUAAAUAUAAUUCUUCCAAUUCUUAGAGACA